AUGGAACAGGUCGCACAGUCGAGCCCAGCGCGGAGGCCAGCAGCAGGCGACCCUCGUAACAGUGCCGCGGUGGCUACCGCUCCAAAGGUUGCGGUCGAUGACCCUUCAACCGGACAACAUAGACAGAAUGACCGGGAGGGAGUCAAACCGGUGGAUAAGCGGAGUGUGGACUACAUCGCAAGGAGUGGAUUAGCGGGGGGUCUAGCGGGAUGUGCAGCCAAAACAGUUGUGGCGCCCCUAGAUCGGGUCAAAAUCCUUUUCCAGGCAUCGAAUCCUCAGUUUGCCAAAUAUUCCGGUAGCUGGAUAGGCCUGGUGGCGGCGGUUCGGGAUAUCAGACGAUAUGAAGGGGCCCGGGGCCUCUUUAAAGGGCAUUCCGCAACGCUUCUCCGCAUCUUUCCUUAUGCCGCUAUCAAAUUCCUCGCAUAUGAGCAGAUCCGAGCGGUGGUAAUUCCGUCACGCGACAAGGAGACGCCGUUUCGCCGACUUGUUUCCGGCAGCCUGGCGGGGAUCACUUCGGUCUUCUUCACCUAUCCACUGGAGUUAAUCCGAGUGCGAUUAGCAUUUGAGACUAAGAAAUCCUCACGCUCAUCCUUCGUCGACAUCUUCCGGCAGAUCUACAACGAGCGGGUUUCGCCGCCCUCCGCAUCAAGUAAAGUCUCUAGGGCAAAUGCAUCCUCAGCUACCACCACCGCCGCUGCUGCCACCACCACAGCUAAAAAUGUAUCAUCUGCUGUAAACAAAGCCGUGCCCAGCUUCGGGCUGGCCAACUUCUACCGAGGGUUUGCGCCAACCCUCUUGGGAAUGCUCCCGUACGCCGGGAUGUCCUUCCUCACUCAUGACACUGUUGGCGACUGGCUCCGAUCACCCCGCCUCGCUCCUUACACCACCAUCCCAGACUCCGAACUUUCCUCUCAGGAACGGCCCAGGAAAGGACGACGGCUGCAACUAACGGCCGCCGCAGAGCUAUUUGCUGGAGCUCUAGCCGGCUUGGUAUCUCAAACGUCAUCGUAUCCACUGGAGGUGAUCCGACGGCGGAUGCAAGUAGGUGGAGUUGUGGGCGAUGGCCGUCGACUCGGUAUGGUCGAGACCGCUCGUAUGAUUUGGUUGGAGAAAGGUUUCCGAGGAUACUGGGUCGGGUUGACGAUCGGUUAUGUCAAGGUGAUGCCCAUGGUUGCGACUGGUUUCUUUGUCUACGAACGACUAAAGUGGUCACUGGGAAUAUAA